AUGUGUUCAAACGCGGCUGACUUCCCGCCGAAUUGUCUACCUGACGUCAUCGCCAAAGGCUUUACAAGUCUCAGGCGAUCGGUGCGGAAUGUCCGCGACAGUCAUCCCCCUCUACAACUUGGUAUAUCAUCAUGUAGGUAUUUAGGUGAAAUUGAUUCCGCCAAUAAACGUUGUCAUAAAGAUGCAGUGAAGUUGGAUAAAAUUUCAGCACCAUGUACAGCAUUUGUAUAUGAUGGAUUAACAUGUGAUGAAAAUUAUUUAAUUGAUCCUUCCUAUGAUCCAAUGGGUAUAGACGUCAUAAAAAAUCUUGUAGAUUUUAGCUCUAAUGUGUUUUUAUAUUAUGGUCAUAAAGACAUACAAGCUUGGACAAAUGCACUUGAACAUAAUGAAACUGAUUUUAAAGAAAUUCCAAUUAUAAAAGACUUUGUUACCAAACUUCCUGUGGGAGGAUUAAUUUUGAAAAAUUUGGAUUAUGAUUAUACAAUUACUCAAGAUUUUCAUAUCCCUGCCCAUUUUUUCGCUCAUGUUUAUAACUAUGUUAAAGCAAUUAAAACAGCAAUUCCUGAUUUCAAAAUUGGGUUGUAUGUGAAAGCAAAAGGCAUGAUGUUUUAUGAUGAUAAUAGAACGUCUUCAGAUUGGUAUGAUUUUACAACAUUAAACGAAGUUAUGGAUUACUAUGUGAUUGGAUUCGAUAAUUUUAAUCCAUGUACAGAUGAAUUUUUAAAUGGUGGAAUUGUACCUUUUGAUCCACCAAAUCCUAGUGUAUUUACAUUUACCUUAUUGAAAUUUAAAGUUGCUUUAAGUGGAUCUGCCAUUGCAAAGGACAAAGUUUAUUUUGAAUUUUCAGUAAAUCCUACAUUGAAGGCAGAAGCAGAAGAAGAAUUUAUCCCAUGUGAAAUAUCAUAUAACGAGUAUUGUGAAAAUCCAACAUAUAAAGAGUUCAUGUGUGUCGAUAAUCAGGACACAUUCUUUGAAAAAGGAAAAUUUGCUAAAGAAAAUUCAAAGGGAUUCAUAGCAAAGUAUAUAGAUUUAAUUGAUCGCGAUCUAAAAUGUGAAUGUAAUCAUGAUAAGUAUAUAACGUUUACUAUGAUUUUAAAUGGCUAUAAUGAUCAGGAAAAGGUAACCUGUGCUAAAUUAAGUGACAGCUGA